CAAUCCCGGUUCUCUUUCCCGUUCCUUUUUCCCAUUAUUUUUUCCCCUUCCCGUUCUCCUGCCGUGUCUGGCAGCGGGAUCCCCUCCCUCGGCAGCGGAGCGGGGCCGCGGCAAGGCGGAAGCGCGGGCGGCGGGGGCGUGGCCGCAUCGCUGACCCGCGCCCACGUGUUCGGCGGUGCACGCGGAGCCGCCAACAUGGAGCAGGCCGGAAGUGGCAGCGAGGAUUCCGAAGGGAGCCAGGACAGCGUUUAUUCCGGCCUGGAAGAUUCCGGAAGCGACAGCGAAUCCUCCGGGAAUUCCCACUCGGAAGAGGAAGAGGAGGAGGAGGAAGAGGCUCCCCAGGCCGGAUCCGCCCCCGUUCCCGGGAAAACCCCGGGAGACGAUUCCCGGCCGGAAAGGGACGAGUACCAGGAGGACAGCUCGGAUGAGGAGGUGAGAUCCGCCGGAAUUCCGGGAAUUUUAUCCCGGGAAAAAUCAAAACGCGCAG